ACGUAAUUCCCCACCCACCAUCCCAUCGCCAGAGCUGCAGAAGAAUUACGAAAAGUCGCGCCGAUAAGCCCCAGGUUCUGACGAAACUACCCUCUUCUCUCCUUCCUCAAUUACCUCCUCCACUCUCUCUCCUCCCUUCUUUCACACUCCACUUAACUACUCACCACACAGCAAACAAACACAUCUCUCUCUCUCUCUACAAUGUCGAAGUCGUCGCCGUCAACGACGACGAUAAAACCCGAAGACUACAAGAACAGCCCGGUCCACUACGCCGUCGCCACGGGCGAUCACACCGCCCUCUCCCGCAUCGUCUCCGCCCUGCCCCGGCUCACCGACCCGUCCAAGAUCCGCACCGAGUCCGACUCACUGACCCAGGAACGAAUCGCCGACAAAAUCUCCCUCGCCCUCGACCGCCGGGACAACCCCCACCGCGAAACCCCACUCCACCUCGCCGUCCGCCUCAACGACUGCGUCGCCGCCUCCACCCUCGCCGGAGCCGGCGCCGACAUCUCCUUGCAAAACUCCUCCGGCUGGAACCCGUUGCAAGAGUCCAUCUGCCGCCGCUUCACCGACGUGUCAACCGUUCUCCUCCAGCACCAGCACCGAGCCGCCUGGUGGAAAUGGCGACGUCGUUUGCCUCGCCUGAUCUCCGUUCUGCACCGGAUGAGAGACUUCUACAUGGAGAUGUCGUUCCAUUUUGAAAGCUCCAUCGUUCCCUUCGUCGGCAAGAUCGCUCCGUCGGACACGUACAGGAUCUGGAAGGUCGACGGGAACCUCCGGGCCGACACGUCGCUCUCCGGCUUCGACGGCAUGAAGGCCCUGCGCGCGGACCAGAGCUUCCUCUUCCUCGGCGACGGCGAUCAAACCCUCGACCUUCCCUCCGGUUCGUUAAUCGUGUUAAACCACGAUAAUCGCAAGAUCUACGACGCCUUCGAGAACGCUGGGAAUUCGCUGAGUGAAAACGACGUCGCUUCGUUCUGCGCUCAGACGAGCGUUUACCGCCCGGGAAUGGACGUCACUCAGGCGGAGCUCGUGGGAAGAACAAACUGGAGGCGACAGGAGAAGACGGAGAGCGUGGGGGAAUGGAAGGCUAGGGUUUACGAGGUCCACAACGUGGUCUUCACUUACAGGUCUCGGAAAAUCGUCACGGGCGAUUCGGACGGGCAAGUUCUGCCUCUGGAGCUGGACGAGGACGACGACGGCUUCCUCGUCGCGGAGAAUCCGCAAUUCAGCGUCGUUUCGGAUAAUCAGCGACGGCGCCACAGCAGCUUUGUGAGGGACGAUAGGGACGUGGUGCUGGUGUCAAGGAAGAGCGUCGACGUGGUGCCGUCGAUGAUGGUGCCAGAGAGGAGGAGGCCGCCGUGUGCGGUGGCGGUGGUGCCGCCGCAGACGAAGGAGAAGGAAAUGGUGAAGAACCUGCGGCCGUUGGUUUGGUUGACGGAGCAGUUUCCGUUGAAGACGGAGGAGCUGCUGCCGUUACUCGACAUCCUCGCGAACAAGGUGAAGGCGGUCAGACGGAUGAGAGAUCUGCUCACGACGAAGUUUCCGACGGGGACGUUCCCGGUGAAGGUGGCGAUUCCGGUAAUGCCAACAGUGAGGGUGGUAAUUACAUUCACCAAGUUUGUUGAGCUUCAACCAACUGAGCAAUUCUACACACCGUUUUCAAGUCCUAGGCAUUUGGUUUGUGAUGGCCCUUCAACGCGGGGUGAAGAGGAAUCAGAAACCAAUUACUCAUCAUUCCCGUCGACGGCCUCGACGUCGUCAACCGCAUUGCCAAGGCGGAGCACCAGCCGCCUGAGUUCUGCCAGCAAGUUUCUCAAGCAGCCGCCACCGCCACCUCCUACUGCGGUGCAACAGUCGGAUCCUUUUGCAAUACCAAGUGGAUACUCGUUGAGCAGUUUUGAUGAGAAGAGUCGGAAAAUGAAGAAAUCCAAGUCUAUUAGGAAAACUAGGUGAGAAAGAACGACUAAAAAGGUGUUUUCAAUGCUGAAAUUGAGUAGGUGAUGAAUUAGUAUGGGUUAUCUUCUUUGUAGAUAAAUCAACUAAUUUUCAAUGAAAGUUUGGCCCUCUGAGUGAGGCUGAUAGGCAGAGGAUGAGAGACUUCUUCUUGUUUGUGUUCUUUUUUUUUUGCUCGGCAAGAGACUUCUUGUUUUGUGGGGAAAUUGGUUUACUGCAUUUUGCCUUC